AAAACGAAACGCAGCCCGAAAAGAAAAGAAUCUCUCUCUCUCUCUCUCUCUCUCUCUCUCUUUCUCUCUCUCUCUUUCUUACAACCAUUCAAUUCAACCGGACAAACUGCAAAAUCCCACCAUUUCCCUCUUAAAAGAAGGGGGAAAAAAAAAAAGGAAAGAAAGUGGGGGUAAAAAAGGAAAACCCUAACCCUAAAAUAAGCAAACACCAACCACCCCACCACAUCACCUCCCCCCAAUCACUUCCUCUUCCCUCUUCCUAUACCCCCUUCUCUCUCUCUCUCUCUCUCUCUCUCUCUCAACCUUCGCUUUUUCCCUCCUCUCCCUCCGGCCCUUCCAUGGCCGAUUUCGAUCGCCCCUACCGAAGCGACUUCCGCUCCUACGCCGACUACGACCGCGGCCACCGAACCGAGUUCCGCGCCGUUACGGAAUACUACGGCCUCGGCCACGGAAGCGAGUUCAGCGCCGUUACGGACCACGGCAAACGCGGCUACGGAAGCGAGUUCCGCAGCGGAGACGACUACGAACAGGGGUACCGGAACCAGUUCCGGGGGUAUGGCGGCGGCGGCGGCGAGGGCGGAGAGAGGAAGCUGGAGAUCGUGAAGGGCAGCGUCUUCAGCGCGAACCAGGUCUACGCGGCGCCGCGGGAGCGGGGGCGGGCGCGGUCGCCGGAGCCUCCGCCGGAGCCUCCGCUCCCGCUCCCGCCGCCGCGGCGGGGCUCGCGCGCGGUGGCGCCGUCGUCGUCGGGGGCCGGGGGGGCGUGGUGCUUCAGCGACCCCGAGAUGAAGCGGCGGAGGCGCGUCGCGAGCUACAAGGCCUACUCCGUGGAGGGGAAGAUGAAGGCCUCGCUGCGGAAGGGGUUUCGGUGGAUCAAGGGGAAGUGCUCCGAGAUCAUCCAUGGCUGGUAGAGAAGAGCUCCGCGGCGGAGGAGACGGAGACGGAGACGGAGACGGAGACGACGGGGAUGGAGGAGGAAGAAUGGCAUUGUUGUAAUUUACGAAGUUUUUCGGCUGUUUUCGAGAUAUCUAUAACCUUGUGAGAAUAUUUUGUUUGGUGUGUAAGCUUAUUAAGUUGGACAUAUCGAAUCUUUUUCGUUUUUUUUUUUUU